AUGAAUAUUGCUUCUAAAAUAUGUCGUCCUAACCUCCUUCAGUUCUUGGGAGCCACUACAGAGGGUAAUCCAAUCAUCCUGACAGAGCUAAUGCCCACCAGCCUAAGAAAGGAAUUAGAGACUGGAGGACUGGCCUAUCAUGCUGUACUAAACAUCAGCUUAGAUGUAGCCUGUGCUCUCAAUUACCUUCAUCUCUUCAAGCCUCAUCCUAUACUACAUAGAGAUGUCAGCAGUGCUAAUGUACUCCUUCAACCAAUGAUAGGAGGAUGGAGGGCUAAAGUAUCUGAUUAUGGUAGAGUUAGUCUCCAACCUCUUGCUAGAACAUGCAAUCCUGGUAAUCCUGUCUAUUCAGCACCUGAAGCAGUCAAUCCAAGGCAGCACUCUCCUGCAAUGGAUGUCUUCAGUUAUGGUGUCUGCCUUAUUGAGAUGGUUCUUUGUCAGUUCCCAGAGGAGAGGCUCAGAUUAAAGCUAUUAAGAGGCCGACAUUGA